AUGCAGCUGAAAGCUACAGGCUACCUGACAGGCAGUGAGGAUUACUACACGCAUGAGCGCUGUUAUCCCAUCACUGCUCUGAACCUGACUCGCUGUGCGUUGGACCUGAGGGAGGGAGAAGAAGUCGCCACCGGAUACAAAGGAGUUUAUUCGACUGAGCUACUCAGCCAGAGGGCCAUCAGCAUCAUUGAAAAACACAAUUCCGACAAGCCGCUCUUCCUCUAUGUGGCGCUGCAGGCAGUCCACUCUCCCCUCCAGGUGCCAGAGCGCUACCUGGCCCCCUACCAUUUUAUCAGCGACCCCAACCGCAGGCGCUACGCUGGCAUGGUGUCGGCCAUGGACGAGGCAGUGGGCAACAUCACCCUGGCUCUGCAGCAGGCAGGACUUUGGGACGACACGGUGCUCGUGUUCUCGACAGAUAACGGAGGUCAGACUUUGUCCGGCGGCAGCAAUUGGCCACUACGAGGCAGGAAGGGGUCACUGUGGGAAGGUGGGGUCCGAGGAGUUGGAUUUGUCGCCAGUCCGCUACUGAAACAACCCGGAACCGUCAGCCUCGAAUUGAUCCACAUCUCCGAUUGGCUGCCUACCCUUGUGGGCCUGGCAGGAGCGACUCCCAACACCACAAAGCCUCUAGAUGGAUUCAACGUGUGGAAAACAAUCAGCUACGGGUUUGCCUCACCCAGACUGGAGCUGCUGCACAACAUCGACCCUCUCUAUGAAGAUAUCGCUCCAUGUCCUGGCAGGGAGCGUCGGUUAACUUUGGCCAAAGUGGUCGGCGGAGACUCGUGGGCCAACUCCGGCUUCAAUGUGUCCAUUCACGCCGCCAUUCGAUCCUAUAACUGGAAGCUGCUGACGAGCUACCCAGGUUGUGACGUGUGGUUCCCGCGGCCCGACCACAACAGCUCCGAGUCGAGCCCCUCCAGCCUGGGUCAACUGAAGCCCGUCAUGCUGUUCGACAUAGAGAAAGACCCAGAGGAGAGGGUGGAGGUAUCUGAUCAGUUCCCCUCAGUGGUGGAUUAUCUCCUCAGUAGGCUCCACCAACACCAGAAAAGCGCCUUGCCAAUAAACUUCCCAGACGAUGACCCCAAAUGUGACCCAGGCCCCACCGGAGCCUGGGGACCCUGGGCUUAGUUGGAGAUGAUGAACUGAUUGUAAAGGAUGAACUUCUUUGUUUUCCUCUGUGGAGAAAAUCCUAUUUUUUAAUGAAUUAUGAUUAGAUUUUAUAAUGGCUGUCUAAAAGACAUUUUAUUCAAUCAUAUAUAUUUAAUUUCUUUGCUUUGCAGAAACUCGAUGUGACAUGUCAUCCAUCCAUUAGUUGACUAAUGGAUGCUGUCCUUGUUAUCCAUCUUUACGUCCCAGGUCAAUAAUGCUUUCAGAGGUAAAUUAAAGCGAUUGCGUAAAACGUCUUAGAGACACAUGUUGCUGAUUUGUAAAGACCCUCUCCCUGCUGUUUCAGGUAUUUGCACUUCGUUUAUCUACUGUUGAGAAGCUGCAGGCUCCUUGUAUUUGUCAAACACAAAGCCCCACAGAAAUAGCAGGCAGUAUUUAACCUGAGAGAAAUAUGUCACCAUCCAAACUGUGGGGCCUCGCCAGGGUAUUUUUCAGCUCUUUUAUGAUAGUAUGGAGAGAGUAACACACAGAAUGUUGAGUUUGGUCAUAUUUUUGACAUUUAAAGCUGCACUAAACCAGAAGUUUUGUCCCACAGAGAGGUUCCACUAUCCUGCACUAAUUGUAUUUUUCAGCUCGUUGUUCUGGACAUGUGACUUUAAUAUUGGCUCACUCAUCAGCAUACUUUCUGACUGCAGCAGUAGACUGACAGCAGAACAGCUCUGAUGGGGCCACUGUACUCUCCUCAGGACCAACAAGCAAAAAGACAAAAGCUGCUUUCAGACCCUAACUGAACACUGCGGGUGGGGGGGGGUUGUGAGAACAGCAGGAAAACUUCCCCAGGAUUCACAAUGAGCGAGUGGGCGUGCUGAUGACAUUUCUAAAGCGAAAAUGAAAAGCACAGUGUUCUGACUUCAUUGUUGCAGAAGAAGCGAUGCUCUGUUUAUCUGAAUUCAGACGGUUUUUAUAAAGAUCAGUUCACAACAAGUGUGUGUGGUUAGAAAAAGGCAGAGGAGCAGAAUCACACUGAGUAAUGCUCUGAGUGAUAAUAAUAAUAAACAUCAUAUAUAAUAUAUAGCUCACAAUCAAGGUACAAGAUCUUGAUAUUGAUUUGAAAUCAUAUCGCCCAGCCCUGUUACGUCUCUGCCUGCUGCACCCCCCCUCACCUGAACGUUCUCCAGAUUUCUGUGUUGUGAGCGGAUCUUGCCAGAGAAUCUCCUGCUGAAUUAUUCAUGUGUGAAAGACAAACUCUGGAUCCAAUUGCAAAAACAUCCUCUGGAGUUCAUGUCUGGAAUCGGCUAAAGUUAGAGACAAGUUGGUGAACACAGUGGAAUAUUUAGCUGCUUAGAAGUCAGACUUUUUCCUCAGGAGUUGAUGGACGCUUGUAAUUGCACUUGUGACCUUAGGGGGAAAAUCUAAAUUGUACACUUGUUUUCCAACAGUAUCUUGUAUGUUUAAAAGUGAUUUUCUUAUUUUCUUGCUCUCAGCCUAAUAUGCUAAAAUGUUUGCCUGUUAUUCAGCUCUGCACUUCUUUGCUGGAACAAAUGCAACUUGAUUCUGCUGUGCAACCAUUAGUUUUAGGGAUUCUAAAAGAGCCACAGAUAAUAUAUGAUAACUCAUAGUUGGAGCACUUCUUCAGCUUUCAGCGGAUCCCAUUCUCCUGAUUCGCUCAUCAGUCCAACCAUUAAAAGCUGUGUUCGGAGAAAUCAGGUUUUUUUAUUUCAGAAAAUGGUUUGUUGCAUAAAAAAAAUGGCUAAAAUGUGAAACGUUUG